AUGUCCUCUGCUUUCGAGUGUGUCUUGUCACUCGCGCUCAUCGCACUGUUCACGAUGGUGGGCACGGAUGCGGUGGAGCACCACGAAUACGACACGCGCUUCAUCGCGCACCUGCUCGCCGUUCUCAACGUAUACGAGCUCGGCGUCGAGGGCAUCUCAGCCGCUAAGCCGCGCUGGCCGGGGCCCGAGGACGACUGGCGGUACCGCGCGCUGGGCCGGAGCAUCGACAAUCUGGCCCGACGCGUGUUCACCGCCGAGCACGAGCUGGAGGAGCUGCGCGGCCCUGCGCACGUGCUUGCGCCGGGGAGCAAGAAGAGGAGGAGCACCGCGGGGAGCGGAGGGGAGGAAGGUUCGCGCCCGGCCGACGUUUCUGCUGCCGCGCCGUCGUUCUUCCCGCCGUACGCGCUAGACUCAAGCGAGCCCGGCCCCACAGACGAAUCUGACACCGAAAUGGCCAACGCCCAACCGAAUCAAGACGACGAGAUGGACGUCACGCCGCAACAGGCGCCCGUCCAGCCGACGGCCGUCAAGAUGCGGCGGUCCAAGAUCCCGCACGAGGGCAUGAACAUCGCCCUCCCCGUCUCCAGCCUCGACGGCGACGACCGCAACCCGAGCAUCCCGCGCGGAUCCGCCUCCGCCCCGCCCACGGGAUACGGACACCACUCGCUCUGCCCCACGUGCCUCCGCCCCGCCACAGACGCUCAGACCGCACAGAAGCUCCGCCACGCGGCCGCGGGCGUCGGCGCGCCCGCGUACGACCCGGCCAGCCCGAUGCUCGUCCCGCCCGGCCCGCUCGCCGCCGCGGCCUACGAGAGCGGGAUGAGCGCCGUGGACGAGCUCCGAUUGCUAAAGGACCAGAUCAAGGACGUAGCCAAGGUCUGCUCGGCCGUCGCGCGCGGCGAUCUCAGCAAGAAGGUCACUGUUCCUGUUCAUGGAGUCGUCAUGGUCGAUCUCAAGGACGUCAUCAACGGCAUGGUCGAUAAUCUCGCCAAGUUCUCGCAGGAGGUCACCCGCGUGUCGGUCGAGGUCGGCACGGAGGGUAAGCUCGGCGGGCAGGCCGUCGUGCAUAAUGUCGCCGGCACUUGGUACGAGCUCACACAGGUCGUGAACAACAUGGCGGCGAACCUUACGCGGCAAAUGCGGUCUAUCUCCAUCGUCACAAAGGCUGUCGCCAACGGCGACUUGAGCAAGCAAAUCGAAGUCGACGCGCAGGGCGAGAUACUCGACUUGAAGAACACGGUCAACGGAAUGGUCAUACGACUGCGCGCGCUAGCCGCCGAGGUCACGCGCGUAACAUUGGAAGUUGGCUCGCAGGGUAUUUUGGGCGGUCAGGCCGUCGUACCGGACGUCGAGGGCGUGUGGCUAGAGUUGACGAGGAACGUCAACAGGAUGUGUUCAUCUUUGACCGACCAAGUGCGCUCGAUCGCGGGCGUUACGACGGCCGUCGCGCGCGGAGACUUGACGCAGAAAGUCGAGAUCCAGGUCGAGGGCGAGAUGGCGACGCUCAAGACGACGGUGAACUCCAUGGUGGACCAGUUGUCCGCCUUUGCGUCCGAGGUCACGCGCGUGGCAUUGGAAGUCGGCACGCAGGGUAUACUCGGCGGGCAGGCGCGCGUCGAGGGCGUGCAGGGUACCUGGGCCGAUUUGACGCGGAACGUCAACAAAAUGGCCUCGAACUUGACCGACCAAGUGCGCUCGAUCUCGGAGGUCACCAAGGCCGUCGCCAUGGGCGACCUCGGGCGGCUCGUGAACGUCGAUGUGCAGGGCGAGAUGCUGGAUCUGAAGAUGACGGUUAACCAGAUGGUGAACCAAUUGUCGACGCUCGCGAACGAGGUCACGCGCGUAUCGCUAGAGGUCGGGACGGAGGGUAUAUUGGGCGGCCAGGCGUACGUCCCCGAUGUGCAGGGCAUGUGGAAGGUCUUGGCGGACAACGUGAACCUGAUGGCGAUGAACCUGACGAACCAGGUGCGGUCGAUCGCGGAGGUCACGAAGGCCGUCGCGAACGGCGACUUGAAGAAGAAGAUCGAGGUCGACGUGCGGGGCGAGAUGCUUGACUUGAAGAGCACGGUGAACGGCAUGACGGAGUCGCUGAGCGUGUUCGCGGACGAGGUCACGCGUGUGGCCCGGGAGGUCGGGACUGAGGGUCGGUUGGGCGGUCAGGCCAAGGUCACGAACGUCGGCGGUACCUGGAAGGGCCUAACGGACUCUGUGAACGUCAUGGCGGCCAACUUGACGCUACAAGUCAGAACGAUUGCAGCUUCCACGACGGCCGUCGCGCGCGGAGACUUGACGCAGAAGAUCGAGGGCGUGAGCGUGUCGGGAGAGAUGUUGGACUUGGUCGAUACGAUCAAUAACAUGAUUGACCAGUUGAACAUCUUCGCGUCCGAGGUCAAGAAGGUCGCGCGCGAGGUCGGGACUGAGGGCAAGCUAGGCGUCCAGGCUGAAGUUGGGAAUGUGCAGGGGAUCUGGCAGGCCAUCACAAUGUCCGUGAACACGAUGGCGCACAACUUGACGACCCAAGUGCGCGGCUUCGCCCAGAUCUCGCAGGCGGCCAUGGACGGCGACUUCACGCGCUUCAUCACCGUGCAAGCCGCGGGCGAGAUGGACUCGUUGAAGACGCAGAUCAACCAGAUGGUGUUUAACUUGCGCGAUGCGAUUCAGCGGCACACCGCCGCGCGCGAGACGGCCGAGCUCGCGAACAGGUCCAAGUCGGAGUUCUUGGCGAACAUGUCGCACGAGAUCCGGACGCCGAUGAAUGGGAUUAUUGGCAUGACGGAGCUGACGCUCGAUUCGGAAUUGAACAGGAGUCAAAGGGAGAGCUUGCUGCUCGUCCAUUCGCUUGCGAGGUCGCUACUGCUUAUUAUCGAUGAUAUCUUGGAUAUUUCGAAGAUUGAGGCCGGUCGCAUGACGAUGGAGCAGGUGUCCUUCUCGUUCCGCCAGACAGUGUUCGGUAUCCUCAAGACGCUCGUCGUGCGCGCGUCGCAGAACAAUACCGAUCUGACGUACGACGUCGACCCUGAGAUCCCGGACUCGCUCGUGGGCGACGCGCUCCGCCUACGGCAGGUCAUCACGAACCUCGUCGGCAACGCGAUCAAGUUCACGCCGUCGAAGCACCAGCGCGGGCACGUCGCGCUCUCGUGCCGGUUCCUCGCCGGCGACGACGAGAACGUGACGCUCGAGUUCUGCGUCACGGACACGGGGAUCGGGAUCAAGCAGGACAAGCUCAGCUUGAUCUUCGACACGUUCGCGCAGGCGGACGGGAGCACGACGCGCGAGUACGGCGGGACGGGCUUGGGGCUGUCUAUCUCGAAGCGCCUGGUGCUGCUCAUGGAGGGCAACAUGUGGGUCGAGAGCCAGGUCGGGGUCGGCUCCAAGUUCUUCUUCACCAUCACGUCGUCGAUCGGGCAGCAGACGAUGGAGACGACGCUCGGCAAGAUGGCGCCGUUUGCGAACCGCAACAUUCUGUAUGUCGACACGCAGCACGACGAUACGGGCGUGUCGGAUCUGAUGCGCGAGCUGGGGGUCGUGCCGUAUGUGGUGCACGAUGCGAGCGAGGUCGCGGAUAAGAACGCAGUGCCGCACAUUGAUACGAUCGUGGUGGAUAGUCUUGCGGUCACGGAGACUAUACGCGAGUUUGAGCAUCUGAGGUAUAUCCCGAUCGUGCUGCUCGCGCCGAAUUUGCCGAGGUUGAACCUGAAAUGGUGCUUGGACAACUCGAUCAGCAGCGAGGUUACGACGCCCGUGAGCGCGCAGGACCUCGCCUCGGCGCUCAUCUCGGCGCUAGAGUCGAGCACCGUCUCGCCCGCGACCGCCACGCACGAGAACAGGUUCGACAUCCUCCUGGCCGAGGACAACGUCGUGAACCAGAAGCUGGCCGUCAAGAUCCUCGAGAAGUACGGGCACGAGGUCGAGAUCGCGGAGAACGGGCAGUUCGCGGUCGACGCGUUCAAGGCGCGCGCGCGGCAGAAGAAGCCGUUCGAUAUCAUUCUCAUGGACGUGAGCAUGCCGUUCAUGGGCGGGAUGGAGGCGACGGAGCAUAUCCGGCAGUGGGAGAAGAGCUUCCAUUUGCAGCGGACGCCGAUUAUCGCGCUCACGGCGCAUGCGAUGAUUGGCGAUCGGGAGCGGUGCAUCGAUGCGGGGAUGGACGACCAUAUCACGAAGCCGCUGAGGAGGACGGAUCUAAUGAGUUGUAUCACGAGGCUCGCGGCGGAGAGGGCGAAGGCGAGGCAGAUGGCGAAUUUCACGCUUAAGGAUUAUGCGCCGAAUCCGAAUUUCUUGGAUGCGAGGGAUUUGACGAUGAAUUUGUAG